CGUGUCAGACAUAGAGAAAAUAUUUCAGUAACUUGCAGCACACCUUCAUAAUGACCGUCAAGACGCUGCUUCUGGCAGCAACGUUGACCGCUGCAGCAUCUGCACGCCAGCCACGCGACAACAGUCCACUCUUCACGACGGAACAAUGCCAGGUUCGCACGCUCAAUAGCGAAGGCCACGCUGCUAUGCUCGCAGACUUGGAUGCAGUGUGGCUCGUGGACUACUACGCCCCCUGGUGCCCGCAUUGUCGCCAAUUUGCUCCAGCAUGGGAGAAAGCCGCAGCUUUCUACGCCGAUAACGCCAACGUCAACAUCGCAGCCGUGGACUGCACGCAGAACAGCGAGGUGUGCAACAAAGAGGGUAUUACGGGAUACCCUACAAAUAAGUUGUAUCACGUACCACCGGAGAGCACGGAACCCGUUAAAAUGCCUCAUAAGAAUCGUAAAAACACCAGCACAGUCAUCGCCUGGGUGGAAGAGCAAAUGGAGGCACACGGCUUGAAAAUCAGCGCCAACACCGACAAUAUUGAUGCACACAUCGAGAAAGUCAACAAUGGUUGUGAGAUGGGCACUGUCCCUAACAUUGUGAAGGCCUCAAAGACUGCCAAGCACGAGCUAAAUGACUUGAGCAUGGAGAUGAAGUACAAGAGGCUGCACGAUGCAGGAAUCGCUGCUGUGUCCACGUUUGAGAACGGAUUUUAUGUUGGCACGACAGUGCUGGAAGGAGAGAGAUACGACGCUGCUGUGAAGUGGGUCGAAGCACUGGCCAAGUCCUUUCCGAUGGCAGGAAACCGUGUAGCGUUAUCGUCGCUGGUAGAUAUAAUAAAGGAGCAGAACAAAUGGAAGCAGAACGAUUGGAACACACUUCUAACCGAGUGGAAGAAGAACGCGACGACAACCAGCUUCCCUGCGAGCUUAUUUGAAUCAAGCGAGAAGAAGAACUGGGCGUACUGCACGACGUACACGUGUGGUGUCUGGACGCUGUUCCAUACGAUUAGUGUGAGCGAUAUCCCGUCAGACACGGCGUUGAAGCCCACUGCGAGGAGUGCCAGCGACAUUUUAUGCUGA